ACCGCGUUAAAAGCAGUCGCUCUUUCUGACCAUUGGCUUUGAUCAGAUAAGAGGUUCAAGCGGACACAUUUACAGUUUACAACUGAAGCUACAUUUUGAAAGAUGGAUUGUUCAGAGGAGGUUCAGUCUGUGUCCGAGGAGCCCAGAGCUCAAAUGGAGAUUAAAAAAGGAAUGUCGAUUUUCAUAGAUAUUUUACGGAGAGCUGAUAAAAACGAUGAUGGAAAGCUGUCCUUUGAUGAAUUCAAAGCCUACUUCUCUGAUGGAGUCCUGACAACUGCGGAACUACAGGAGCUCUUCCACACAAUUGACACUCAUAACACAGACAAUGUGGACACUGAUGAACUCUGUGAGUAUUUCUCCCAGCACCUCUGUGAAUAUGAGAAUGUUCUCGCUGCCUUAGAAGACCUGAAUAUGUCCAUACUGAAGGCGAUGGACAAAACAAAGAAGGAUUAUCAAGAGUCCACCCACCUGGAGCAGUUUGUGACCCGCUUCUUGCUGAAGGAGACAACCAAUCAGCUUCAUUCACUUCAAAGCUCUCUCGAGUGUGCCAUGGAAACCACAGCCGAGCAGACUCGCCAGGAGAAACAGGGCCCGCUGAAGCCAGAGGUUUUGACCAUCCAGUGGUCGGGUCGUCGCUCCAAUCGCAGGCUUCAGAGGAACAGCAGCCUCUCUCCUAACAACCCUCUCCUCAGUCUCGUCAAUUCAGGUGUUUAUGAAGAAGACGGCCAGUGGAUGAUCCAGGUCAACAGACUGCAGAGGCUCAUCGACCGUCUGGAAAAAAAGGAGAUCCGUCUGGAGCCCGUUGAAGAGGAGGUCUUGGAGAGCAAAUCGCACAUCCUGAUAGUCCAGAGGCAGCUCUCGGUGCUGGAGGACGAGCUGGAGGAGUUUCGUUUGGCUCUCAGACAGUACAUGGAGUGUGCCUGCGCCCAGACUGGAUGUCUACACAUCGCAGUUCAGAGGCUGGCAAAUGAAUCACGCUUCAUUCUCUAUGAAUUCUGGGAGCAUAACAACGUGUGGAAGAAUCACCUGCAGACCAACUACAGUAAGACCUUCCAGAGGGGGAACGUGGACUUCCUGGAAACUCCUGAGAGCAUAACCACCAUGCUGGUUCCUGCCUCAUGGUGGGUCCUCAACAACAACUGAAAGUGGACGAGCACCGUUCACAGAUCGUCACUGAUGGGUGCCGAGAGCUACCUGUCAACACAUCAGGAAGUCCAUAGCAGCAUACACACAUGCGCGCACACACACACACACACACACACUAACUCAACACAACUCGUAAAGUCAUGGUGAUUAGUAUUUAAGACCUCCAUGUUCCUUCAUAGUUAUAGAUGGUAGUCGGAAAUAGUCCAUGCGUAUGUGUUUGUUUACAUACCUAGACGACGCUCUGACGUCCUAAAAGCAAUGACCUCAUCAGACAGAGACCCAUCUGAUGAUCUGACAUCAUCACUUUGUUUGAAGUGACAUCAUCUGCAGCCCGGAGUAGAUAAUGAAAGCUGAAGUGAGCUGUGUGUACGUGUGUACGUGUGUGUGUGUGUGUGUGAGAGAGAGAGAGAGGGAGAGAGAGAGAGAGAGGGAAGGACAGAUACUUGUAUCAAUUGUAGCAGCUCUGGUGAGCUCAUUAAAACAUUAUUCUGUUGUUUCUGUAUUUAAUGUCUCCAAUAAGAUAAUCAUAAAUAAAGACGCUAUAUUGUUGUGUA